UCAGCAAAUUGGACAUUAUCAGAAAGAGCAGAUAUUCUGCCUCGACUACUGCGCUGGUUUUUGGACUUUUGAUGGUGGAACCGCACGCAACGUUGUUUGUUUGCCAGCUCGGGACCCAGAAUUGUAGUGAGUGCAUACGAAGCCAGAGAGAAUCUGUGGCUGUCUCCUGGUGCAGCAUUUUUCGUGUUGUUUUCGGCUCCUUCAACUCGACUGAAUUCUGCCAUGGAUACUGGAAUGGCAUCCUCGUACCUCACGACAAGCUUGUUUCCGGGGAGCAACAUUCCAAGUCUCUCAAAGUCGACAGUGUCACUUCCAUUCCCGCUGCAGCUCUUUGGAGCGCAUGGAAUGGCUGAGGUUCACUGGAGGAGAGGGCUAUCAGUGGCUGCGUCCACGCAGAACCCGUCGCCAUGGGUUGCGGAACCGGAUGUGAAAGAAGGGGAUAGGGAGCGGGAUGAUGGUUAUGGGGCUGGCAGCUUAAAUCAUGUUUACUACAAUCCGAAGAAGGUUGAGUUUAGGAGGCCGAAGGUUGGUAGCUGGGCGGCGUCGGUGUGUGAUUUUGUUGAGAGGGCGGUAGUGUGGGCGUUUGAUGCCGGUCUCAGCGAUAAGAAGGCGUACUUGUUGUUCGAUAACUAUGCGCCCGUGGAGGAAUUGGGUCCGGUGGGGGAUUUGCCCAUUAUCGGCACCAUUCCGGAAUGUUUGAAUGGCGAGUUCGUGCGUGUUGGGCCCAACCCAAGAUUGAAACCUAUCUCUGGAUAUCACUGGUUUGAUGGGGACGGGAUGAUGCAUGGUUUAAACAUUAAGGAUGGGAAAGCCACAUAUGUGGCCCGAUUCGUGAAAACUUCACGGUUACAGCAAGAGGAAUAUUACGGUGCAGCCAAAUUUUUGAAGAUUGGACAACUGAAAGGGCUUCGGGGGCUAUUUUACAUUGCUGUGGAAAAACUACGACUUAGCUUGGGCGUCCUUGACGAAUCCAAUGGCUUAUAUGGAGGCAACACAGCCUUCGUGUAUCACAAUAAUAGGCUUCUUGCGUUACACGAGAUCGACAAACCUUAUGCUAUCAGGGUGUUGGACGAUGGGGACCUGCAAACAAUGGGCCUCCAAGAUUACGAGCAGAGACUGGGACAUUCAUUCACAGCCCACCCAAAAAUAGAUUCCACCACAGGAGAAUUGUUUAUGUUUGCAUACCAAGAGAAGGUCCCAUAUCUGAUCUAUCGUGUAAUAUCCAAGAAUGGUACUCUUCGGGAGCCGGUGCCCAUUACCAUCCCCGAAUGCGUCAUGAUGCACGACUUCGCCAUCACCGAGAACUAUGCCCUGUUCAUGGACCUUCCUCUUCGAUUCAACCCCACGGGUUUGCCAAAAGGGGAGUUCAUUUUCAAGUUUGAUCCCAGCAAAGAAUCACGGUUUGGAAUACUGCCCCGGUACGCCACCGAUGAGUCGCAGAUUCGCUGGUGUAAGAUCCCCACUUGUUUCAUCUUUCACAAUGCGAAUGCAUGGGAAGAGGGGGAUGAAGUUGUGCUUAUAACGUGCCGAAUGCCCGGCAUCGAACUUGACUUGGAAUUGGAAUUCAAGAAAGAAAAGGCUUGGAGUGUGUUCUCCAAAUUAUUCGAGUUUAGGAUGAACCUUAAGACCGGAGAGGUGAAGCAACGACAACUCUCAAGUUUAAGCACAGAUUUUCCCAGAAUCAACGAGGAAUACACUGGCAGAAAGACCCGGUUUGUCUACUGUGGAGUAUUUGACGAGCUAAACAGGGUAAUAGGUGUUGUCAAGUAUGACCUUGACGAGGAGCCAUGCCUCACGACAGGUGACCUGCAAAAGGGUGGCAACGUGGCGGGAGUGUUCAGCCUUGGACCAGGUCGCUCAGGAAGCGAGGCAAUUUUUGUGCCACUCAAGCGUGGUAUGGAGGGACCCGAAGACGACGGCUACUUGAUCCUGUUUGUGUACGAUGAGAACAAAGGGACAUCAGAAGCGGUGAUCAUUGAUGCCAAGACGAUGGCUGCAGAUCCCGUGGCAACCGUGAAAUUGCCCAGACGGGUUCCUUACGGAUUUCAUGCCCAUUUUGUUAGCCAGGAGCAACUGAUGCAACAGGCAUGAUUGUAAGAAUUUGGAUGAACACCAAAACUGUUCGGGACAACCUUCAGCUAUUCUUGGCGUGGAGGAGAUGACGGUAAAGUUAAUGUUAUUGCUAGUUCUUGUGAUACUCCAAAAAGGUGGAACAUGUAUAUUUAUGCUGAGGCGUUCAAUUUUUAGAGUGUUUAUUGUAUAAAAAUAAACAUGUAUAUGUUGUUGCAUCUAAGAAAUCAAUUACAGUAUCUAAAGUGGAUCGAAGUAAUGAUAUUUUAGACAAUAGUGUAAAUUUAGAUUUAUUGUGCUAUGUUGUGAAAGUGGAUGUGUGUGACCUGUGUAAUAUGCUUUGGAGUUUUGGUUUUUGACAUCCAAGUGUGAAAACAAUGUUAUUAUAUAGUAAACUUUUGAGAGCUUUGUGUGGUUUUCUAUUUUA